AUGAUUUCCGUUCAUAAACUCCUCCUCGUCACUCUUUUCUGUGCCGCCGGUCAAUCGCUCGCUCAAUCGCAGCCGACUCAACCCUCGAACAGCAACUCUGCCCCGGCCGCAGCCCCAGCAGGGGGUGAGGGACAGAGCUCAACCUCUGGCGAUGUCCCCCUCUACCAGAAACGAUUUACCUGGCCCAACUUGCCAUACCAGGCUGAUACUGGAAAUGGACCACGUGGCCAGCAACAAGGUUUGUCUGGGUCUCGUCUCUUCUGUCUAUGGGGCGCCUCCAAGCCAGAAUCGAUCGUUGGAAACAUCGAAGGGGAAAUGGUGGCCUACUGCACCACCAAGAAAUUUGGUACCAGGCUAAUCCCUGCAGGAGCCAUCACCGGUCUCCAAGUAACCCGAACACCUGGAUAUAUCCAAGCCGUUGGAUUUAUUCAACAGACCGCACUCAACAUCCAAGCCAAUGACACCGGAGGAGAGGAAGACCCCCACGGAGCCGAUCAACGAGGAAACCCAUUGGGCGCAUUGAUGUACUCGAGCGCCUUCAACACCCCUGGAGGUCCUGCUUAUACCCAAGUCAUCGAAUGGAGCUACUUCAUCGGCUCGGGUGUAUUUUGUUACAAAGCUUGUGACCCUGCUGGCCCCAACGCUGCUCAACUCUGCCAACACAUUUACGACCGAAUUGGUUGCACAUACAACGCGCCUGCUCACUACGAGACGAUCAACGGAACCUUCACAUCGUGUCAAGGUGAAAACCAAUUGCCUGCCGGCACCUAUGUCGAAAACGGAGUCACCAAGACUUACACACAGCCCCCGGAGUCAGCUGGCCCGAUCACCUCGAUCCCCUACAAGGCUGCCAUCCCAGCUGUUUCAAACUGCCAGACGUUCACUGACACCAAGGCCCUAUGGCCUGACCUUCCUCAAAUGGCCUCCGUGUCCAACUCCCCGAACUCAUCCACCCCGACCCAAAAUAAGGGCCCCAACGGAUCGUCCGGCGGCAGGUCUUCCUCGUCAUCAUCGUCCUCGUCUGGGUCUUCGUCUGGGUCUGCUGGUACCAACGCCUCCACCAGUGCCGCCGCCGCUGCUGUCGUGCUUUCACCUAGCUGCCUUAUGGUCGUUUGGUUUUCAUCUUUGUCUUCGAUUUUGUCGUUGUCAUUUCCAUUGUCAUGCCGGUCGUCCAACUUCUUUGCUUUUUCUUUCGUCAUCUAG